AUGGACAAUGACAGCAUCACCGCCCAGGUCUGCAUGGAGGCUGAUGUGGGGGAUGGAGAGCUCCGCGAAGUGCUGGUGGCCGGGUACCCGGUGCUGCUGCUGAGGAACAAGAUGGAGUUCAGGGCCCUGGGCAGCAGGUGCCCCCACUAUGGUGCCCCGCUCAGCAAAGGAGUCUUGAGGAGGGAGAGGCUGCGCUGCCCCUGGCACGGCGCCUGCUUCAGCAUCCACACCGGGGACAUCGAGGAGUACCCUUCUCUGGACUGUCUCCCCUGCUUCAAGGUCACAGUGGAAGAUGGAAAAGUAUUUGUUACAGCAAAAAAGAAGGAUCUUGAAAGCAGCCUGAGGAUGAAACCCACAAGCAGGAGAUGCCUUCUCAACCAGGACAUUGUGCUGCUUCUGGGGGGAGGUGUGGCUGCUCUCGUGUGUGCAGAGACACUUCGCCAAGAAGGCUUCACUGGCAGGAUCAUCAUGGUCACCAAAGAGAAACAUGUGCCAUAUGACAAGUCCAAACUGAGCAAGGCAAUGAACUUGAAAGCUGAGGACAUCUACCUGAGGAAACCUGAACUCCUCCAUGCUCAGGACAUAGAGUUCUGGACAGAAAAAGAGGCAGUGUCAGUGGAUUUUCAGAAGCAGAAGGUUCACUUCAUGGACGGGUCCUCACAGAAGUACCAUCAGCUGCUCAUUGCAGCAGGCAGCCACCCCAACUUCCUCAAAGUCCCAGGGGCAGACCUGCAGAACGUGUGCUUUCUCUACACCCCAGAAGACUCUAGGAAGAUCUUAGAGCUGGCAACUGGGAGGAAUCUGGUGAUCAUAGGAGCUUCAUUCAUAGGGAUGGAGGCUGCUGCCUCCCUCUGCGGCAGCGCCGGGACCGUCGCCGUGGUGGACAAGGAGGAGUUUCCUUUCCAGAAGGUGCUGGGCCCUCAGGUUGGAGAAGUGGCCAUGAAGAUGCUGCAAAAUAAAAGGGUGAAAUUCUACAUGAAAACAGAGCUCCGUGAGCUGCAAGGAAAGGAUGGGAAGGUUACAGAGGCUGUUCUUGCCUGUGGAGAGAAACUACCUGCAGAUGUGGUAGUGGUGGGAAUAGGGGUGUCCCCCAGCUCAGCGUUCCUGGACGGCACCUCCAUGGCCAGGGAUGAGCAUGGGGCCAUCCUGGUGGAUCUGCACAUGCAAACCAACAUCCCCAACGUCUUUGCUGCUGGGGACGUGGUCUCCUUUCCUGUAGCUCUGCUCAGUGGGGACAGGUCCAGCAUCCACCAUCAACAGGUGGCAGAGGCCCAUGGUCACAUUGCUGCCUUGAACAUGCUGAAGAGAGGGAAGGAGUUGCACACUGUCCCCUUCUUCUGGACCACCAUGCUUGGAAAAACCAUCCGCUAUGCAGGCUGUGGGAAGGGAUACACAGACACUGUUGUGAAGGGCAGCCUGGAGCAGCAGAAGUUCCUGAUCUUCUACAUCAAGGAUGGCAUCGUGACUGCAGCUGCCAGCCUGGACUGUGACCCCAUGGUGUCCCUGAUUGCAGAAGUUUUAUACUUGGGGAAACAAAUCACUAAGGAAGAAGCAGA